AGGAGCGGCUGAGCCUGGCUGACCCCGAGUGGGACGACGUCCACGUGGUGACCGGCGCCCUCAAGCUCUUCUUCCGCGAGCUGCCCGAGCCCCUGGUGCCCUUCGCCCUCUUCGACGCCUUCGUGGCUGCCGUCAAGCUGCCAGCCUACGGCGAGCGGGUGCAGCGCCUGGCCGAGCUGGUCCAGAGCCUGCCCCCUCCCAACUACGCCACCCUGCGCUACAUCCUGGCCCACCUCCGCAAGGUGAUGGAGCACGCCGACGCUAACCGCAUGACCCGGCAGAACAUCGGCAUCGUCUUCGGCCCCACGCUGCUGCGGCCGGAGAAGGAGCUGGCCAGCAUGGCCGUGGACAUGGUCCACCAGAACCAGGCUGUGGAGCUGCUGCUCUCCGAGUUCCAGCGCAUCUUCCCGGCCCCCGGCGCCAACUGAGCCCCCGGCAGCGCCCGGGCACUGAACCCCUGCCAGGACCAGGGCCGCCACCUGGAACAGACUGGACUCAGCGCCAGCCAAGGACAAUGGCCCUGGGGCCCCGUCCCACCCCCGGGCUUUGGACAAUGGAGACCCUCCCUUGGGCCCUACUCAGGGCAGCUGCAUGGGCACCGGUGCCCCUAGAGGGGAAAGACCCCGUGCCCCAUUCCCCGCCCCUCUGAGCCAGCCUGUGCCCGGCGCCCUCUGCCCUUCCGCGUCUGUGCGUGCCCAGGGCACCGUCUGUCUGGACUCUCGA